GCUGCUGCUCUCUUGAUCUGUCAAAAUUCGAGAGCCUGGAAAAGACUUUCGCCAGGCAGCAGCUGGGCUGGUUGCAUUUCGUGUUUUUCCGCCAAAGUGUCAAGUCCCGUGGCUCAGAGCAGAAAAGUUCUUCUGAUCCAAAAAAAAAGAAAGGAAAAGAAAUUAACAAAUUCUGAGAAAAAAUGCUAUAGAUCUAAAGGCAAAGAGAAAAAAAAUCAAAAGGCAAACAACCGAAAUUGGAAAUAAUCAAAAUGAAUCGUCUGCUGCUGCAGUGUCUGGUGGCCACCAUUCUGGUGUACAAAGUGACUUCCGUGCCAACCAGCACACCUGGCACCAGUGUCCAGACCACCACGGAGAUACCCCAACAGGAUGACGACGACGAUGAUUGGGACGAGGACGAUGAUUCGCUGGAGUCCGACGAUGAUGGAAGGGUGUACAAGAAUCCACGCAACUCACCAUCCACCGAGUGUCCCAGGGAUGAGGAGCAGGCCACACUCUUGGGCCAGAAGUGCUUGAGAAAAUGCUCCUCGGACGAGGACUGCAAGAGCAAGAAAAAGAAGUGCCUGUGCGAUGGCGUCUGCGGCAAUUCCUGCAUCAAGCCGGAUCGCGAGUGCCCAGAGCUGGCUCAACCCACACUCGGACAGGUUACUGUGGCUGGACGUCACUUUGGUGCUCGUGCCUCUUAUGCCUGUCCCCAUGGCUAUCAUGUGGUGGGCCUGCAGAGUCGUCUGUGCCAAGCCGAUGGCAACUGGGCGGGCGCCGAGCCAGCCUGCAAGCAGAACAUUUACUGCCUGAAGCCACCACAGAUCGAGCAUGCACGCAACUCCGCGCUGCCCGAGCAGGAGACCUUUGACUUGGACUCGACGGUGCAGUAUCAUUGCCACACGGGCUAUGUGACCAAUGGCUUUCCGCGUGCCAAGUGCUUGGCCAUAGAUAAUCAGGCCAGCUGGUAUGGACCCGAUAUACAGUGCGAACCACGUUCCUGUGGCCAGCCACCGGAUCCGGCGUACGGCUGGCAUGCCGGCGAGUGUUAUACCUACGGCUGCAAGAUCACCUACAAUUGUGGCACUGGCUAUGAGCUGGUGGGCAAGCACGAGCGCUACUGCCAGUCGGAUGGCUCGUGGACGCCCAAGGAGCUGCCAACGUGUGUCUUGGUGACGUCUGUGGUGUGUCCCACGCCGGAGAAUCCCAAGAAUGGCAAGGCGACCUACACCACUCUGGCCUACAAUUCGGUGGUCAGCUAUGAGUGCCGCUAUGGCUACACCCUCGUCGGCGAGAGCUCCAGCCGCUGCGGUGCCGAUCGCAAGUGGAGCGGCACACUGCCCACCUGCAAGGAAAUCAAUUGCGGACAUCCUGGUGUCCUCUACAACGGUUGGAUUGAGAACAUUGAAGCGGGCACUGGCCUUGGAGCGAGCAUCAUCUUCCGCUGCCAGCCCGAGAUGAUGAUCCAUGGCCUGGGCUCGAGUGUCUGCCAGAUCGAUGGGCGCUGGCGCAACGCCCUGCCCGAGUGUUUGGCCCCCUGCGUGGUGCCCACCAUAUCCCAGGGCUAUGUCAUACCCAUCGAAAUAACCACAGACGAGAAUGGAACGACAAUUGUCACGCCAAAUGCCACCACAACGACCACCCAGUCGCCCGCUCAGAGUUUGGGUGGAGUGGAGAAGGUCAAGCACGGCACGGCGCUGGAGGUGAUGUGCGAUGAGAACUACGAGUUUCCCGUCUCACUGCUGAGUCCACCGACCUGCAACAAUGGCACCUGGAGCAUCAUUCCACGCUGCAUACCAGCCAGAUGCAAGAGCAUGCCGAAGCCUCCGAAGCACGGCAUGGUGAUGGCGCCCAAGACGGAGCACGGCAUGAAGGCGAGAUUUAAGUGCAAGGAUGGCUUCAAGUUGGUCAGCCCCGAGGGCAAGGAUGUCACCGAUCCGCAUGAUUAUGUGCUCACAUGUUCCUUUGGCAAUUGGACGGGCGAAACGCCCAAAUGUGAUGAAGUUUUCUGCUCCUUUCCGGGCUACAUACCCAACGGCAAGGUGCUGCUCGUGGGCAACAUGGGACUCUACGACUAUCGGCCAUAUGUCAAGAAAAUAGUCAACAACAAACAGAUUAUGUAUGACUGCGAUAAGGGCUAUGUGCUUGAGGUUGGUCCGCCGGGUGCCACCUGCGUGGGUGGUAAAUGGCGUCCACUGGAUCUGCCGCAGUGUCUGCUGGGCCAGCAUCCACGUCUGCGCUGGAAUCGCCGCAGACGUCGCUCCUUGCAGCUGCGUCAACUGAGAUCUGUUUAUCUGCUGCAAAGACAGCGACAAAUUCAACGAGAAUUGGCGGAGCACGAGAGCCACGCGGAGGGUGCUUCAGUUCAGCGUACAAAGCGCAGUCCAAGUCCCAAUCCAAAACCCAAUCCCACGGACCUGGACCUCGCCUACUCCAAAUAUUAUCAAACGAUCAAGGAGCGCUAUCAGCGUUAUGUGCGCAAAAUGCUGGGCCACAAUCGCAUCUAUCAGCGGCUGCACGAUGGCCUCUGGUACACGCACAACAGUCCCAACAGUCCGGAGAUGGUCAUGAUGCGUGGCAAGAGCACCCACAAGUGGCACAAUUCCGACGGGGACUUUGAGGAUAGAAACGAUUAUCGAACUGGCGGAGUGGUGCCGCUGCCGAAUAUCAAUCAGGGCACGCGCAGCCACAGCCAGUCCUUGGAUCACAGCUCCAAUGAGGCGCCACUGGCCAACGGAUCACCGCCAAGGCAGCUCCACCCCAACACGUCGCUCUCCUUCAUCGAGCAGCUGAAGUCACAGAUUGUGGGACGUCGUCGCAAGCGGAGCACGAGCACGAGCACGAGCACUGGGGCUGCCACCACCCUGCCCGAUGCCGAUGUGGACAUCAGUGAUGGGGGAGAGGCUGGCAAGGGGGGUGCGGGCGGUAAGCGCAUACGCGGACCCUGCGAGGAUCUCGACUGGGAUUCGUUUGCCAACAUUACAACGGUGAGGCCGGGCAAGGUGCCGGGACGCAAUUCCGUGGGCAUCAUGCUGCAGCUGGAGUGUAAUGCGGGCUUCAAGCUGAACAUCAAGGGAGAGAAUGCCACGGCACGCUGCAUACGCGGCAUCUGGAAGCCCGAGACGCCCAGAUGCAUGUCCGCCCCGUGCCUGGUGCCGGCCGUGGAGCAUGGCCAGUACUACAAGGUGGAGCCGCACACGAAGCAGCUGAGCGACAAGCCAUCACUGACGCCGCUGUCCACCUACGAGGAGAUUCAGUCCAAUGAGUUUGUCACCCUCGAGUGCGAAGAUGGCUUCAACAUACAGGGUUUGGCGCAGCUGCGUUGCGCACAUGGCUCCUGGUCGGUGGCCGCAUUCUCCGAGUGCACCUCCGUGCCCUGCACGCUGCCCAAUAUUCCGGGUGUUGUCUAUGAUGGCGGCUACCGUGCUGGCCUCACCAUCGGCCAUGGCAGCACCGUGAGCGUGAGGUGUGAGCUCUCCACCAAUGCCAAUCCCAUUGAGAUGUCCUGCCACAAGGGUGUCCUGACGCCGCCCAGCAUACCCUGCGAGUCCGGCAUGCGCAGAUCCCGCGAGGAGCUGGAGCAUGCCACACCCACACCGCAUCCCAAAGUGGAGCACAAUGAGCUGGACAACGAACACGAUCAUCAUGACAACAACACGGAUGAGCACGAUCACGAUGAUCUGAAGAUGUGUGGCCCCCCGAUGCUUACCGAUGGUGCAUUGGUUUACAAAAAUACUGAAAUUCAUGCGGACAUUGAUUUGGUCUACGAGAGCGGCACAGAAAUCUUCUUUAAUUGCAUCCCAAAUGCGGCUGGCGAUCGUCAGACUUGGCGCAUUAUCUGCGACAAUGGACUGUGGAUAGGUCGCUCCUAUAAUUGCGAGAACGGCACGUGCGUGUUCAAGAACAACGAGGCGAAUGUGGUCAGUUUUUACAAUGAUUUGGAGAUACGUGAAGAUGUUGUGGACUUUCCACCAGGAGCAACCAUUAUCUCCAGGUGUGUCGAUAUUGGCAAGUUUUCCAUGACCGGCAGCCACGAGCGCACUUGCAUCCAUUCGGAGUGGACAAACACAAAGCCCGUGUGCUCUGGCCUCAAUCAGGAAAACGAUUAUGCGAUGGAAAAGGCACCCACUAUCCUGUUUCGCCACCAGAACGGACCCAUUGCACAGAGCAAUGAUGGCAAAUUGAUUGUCUAUCCGGGCACCACGCUGCACAUGGAGUGUCUGUGGAUGCGACGCUUUGGCAAUCCCAAAUGGAAUGUCAGUCACGUGCACAAAAACUACACUGAAGGCUGGGUGACCGAGGCAGAUGCGGGCCGCGACUCUUCGCUGGAGUAUCGACUGAGCAUAAUUGAUGCCGGCCACGAUGACACUGGAUUUUAUUCGUGCAUGACUCCGGCGAGGCAUGAGCAUGCCGUAGAGGUGGUGGUUAAGGCGAUCAACUGCCCAGAGAUACCGAUACGAAGGGGCCUGAUCGUGAACACGAACGACACGAAGCUGAGCACUCGCGUGCUGUUGUCCUGUGCCAAUGGCAACUCGUUGAUUGGCGCAUCGGAGCUGUUUUGCUUGCCGAGUGGCAAUUGGAGCGCACCGUUGCCGGUUUGCGAGAGCGUCGAGUGCGGAGAUAUACCGCUGCCGAACAAUGUGAGCUCGCCGCGCGUCUCCGUGCUGUCCCGGGAGGUGGGCGGGCGUGCGGCGUUCUCGUGCGCGUCGGGUUACGGGUUGCGCGGCCCCUCGGAGGCCAUCUGUAACCCGACGGGCGAAUGGUCGUCGCCAUUCCCCACAUGUGUUGAGGUGCAGUGCGAUAAUCCCGGUGCGCCGCAAAACGGUUACGCCCAGGGCUCGGCACCUUACCGUGCCGGCGAUGUGGUCCAGUUCAAUUGCAACCCGGAGUACAUGAUGCAAGGUCAGCCAAUAAUUGCCUGUCAGGAUAACGGCCGCUGGUCGGGCGGCCUGCCCAAGUGUGUGCAGGCCUGUUCGUAUCCGGGCACCGUCAUCAGCGGUCGCAUGUCCUCCGUCAAGUUCUACUACGCCAUCGGCGAGAGCAUCACCUUCACCUGCGACGCCGGCCUCGACCUGCGCGGCUCCAAGGUACUCAAGUGCAUGAAGAACGGCAAAUGGUCCAGCGCCAUACCCACAUGCGUCACCAACGAAGCACCACAGCCGAGCAGCAACAAGCACGUGUCCAAUACCAUGGGCUGAGCUUGUCCUUGAGGAUAACAGUCUCCUCCUUCUCCUUUCUGCAGCACAACGAAGCCCUAACGUUUAGUAAGUUAAAUGAGUUAAAAAUCAAAGUGAUACUAAUACAUAUGUACUAACUAACUAACUAAUGCACAUUCAAGGCUCCCACGUAUACUAACUUACCAACACUUACACUCUGACAUUCUUGCGAAUUUUCAAAUUUCAAUUGUAAUUGUCUAACGGUCAUCAUUUUACUAUUAAUACAAAUGUUCGUCGAAUAAAAACGGUUCUACACUAAA